AUGCGCUGUUUCUUCGGAGGUGGGUGGGAUUCCCUGUGUACAGUAGGUGAUGGACAGGGACAUUGGGGACCCCCAAGAGGCCCCGCGCAGGCAUUUUGGAUUACAUCGGGAGUAGCGGCCCCGCAGGGCAGUGAAUGCUCCUUCCCGAGAGAGCGAAAGGCUCAGGCAGUAUGCUAUCUAGUAGAUGAGAUCGGGAUGUCGGAGGCCCCAAGAGACACUGUAGUAAUGGCAGUUGUGCAGAAUGAUUUAAAAACGGGAAGAGGGAGAAGAGCAGCUAGAUUAACCACGAAGACAGAGAUUGAUAAGAGGGCGAUGCAAGUCAGCAUUGCUGGCAAGCUUAUACCAUUAUAUGAAAAGCAAGCAACAGCAGCAACAGCAUGUAGGGCUCCCACAGAGGCGGGGGACCUUGAGCUCUCCGACGGCUGCCUAGAUGAGGAAGAGCCAUCAGAUGACGAAGAGCAGGGCAAUUCCCAGUUUGACGCCUCUCCAGCGUCUGCUGGCGAGGCCUCAAGCUGCGAGAGCAAGACAAAGCAGAAGCAGCAACAGCAAAAUAAGCACUCACAUGACGGUAACGGAAAAGUUGCUCUGAUCAACAACAACGUGCUGCUGGAUACAGAGACAAAUUGGGCCGACCUACACCUCAGCCGGCAACUAUUGAAGGCACUGGAUGCUCUUGGUUACGAGCAUCCUUCCUUUGUCCAGGCAGCGGCUAUCCCGGCGGCUCUAAGAGGACGAGACCUCCUAGUCAAUGCUCAAACAGGAUCGGGGAAGACCGCCGCUUUUUUGUUGCCUCUUUUGGAGCGCCUCCUGCAGAGUCCGGGUGUAAGGGCCAGAAAGAUGACUCCCAGUGGCCCUGUGGGGGGACUUCGCGGUUCCAAGGGCCUCGUGCUCUUGCCAACCCGCGAACUCGCCAUGCAGUGCCAUCAGCUUCUGCAGGACCUCUGCAAGUUCGCGCCUAUCACCGGCACCCUGGCUGUUGGAGGAUCCUCUCUGCCACAGCAGGAGGCCGCACUGCGCUUACAGCCGGAUGUUGUAGUUGCCACACCGGGGAGAAUCCUAGAUCUCCUGCUGAACUCUGCCAGCAUCCACUUGGAGUUGCUGGAAGUCAUUAUUCUCGACGAGGCAGACAGACUCUUGGAGCUUGGAUUCAGAGACGAAAUCCUGCAAGUGCUUAAACACUGCCAUCGUGGCCGGCAGACGCUCCUAUUCUCUGCGACGCUCACUGCAUCUAUCUCAUCGCUUGCUCUGCUGGCUCUGCAAUCCCCAUUACACAUUACAUGCGGAACUGCUGGCAGUAGCAGCAGCAACAACGGAACAGGCAGCAGCCAGCAGCAGUUGCCAGAGAACCUGAAACAGCAGUUUGUGGAGUUGCAAAGCGAGGAGCACCGUAUGCCAGCGCUUGUACAUCUUUUGAGGACUGCUUUUACCCAUAGAGUCAUUGUCUUCUUCGGGACCAAGAAGGCCGCGCAUGAGGCCUUCCUUCUGUUUUCUCUUCUGGGCAUGCCGUCUGCUGAACUGCAUGGAGAUCUUACGCAGCAAAUGCGGGUGGAGUCUUUUGAAAAGUUCCAACAGGGCAAGGUGGAGUUUCUCCUGGCCAGCGAACUGGCCAGCAGGGGCCUCGACGUAACGGACGUUGCGGCGGUAGUGAACUUCUCCCCCCCUAAGGAUGUAGAUCGGUAUGUACAUUCGGUUGGCCGAACUGCACGAAUGGGGCGUCAAGGUACCGCUGCUACGCUCUACAACAGAAAUAGCGAAGAGAAGCUUGCUGUCAAGAAGCUUCUGGCCGGCCUGGGGGCCAGAGGCAAGCAGCAGCAACAAAACCAGCAACAGGUUAUUAGGAGACGGAUUGAUAUUGCAAAUCUUGAGGCCAUCGGCAAGGAGUUACGGAGCCUAGAGGGGGCUCUUCAAAAAAAGCGGCAUGAGGAGACUCUCGAGAGGGAAAUGCGACUUGCCCAGCUAUACGUUGCCAAGGCAGAGAACAUGCAACAACACGCAGAUGAGAUCUAUGCUCGUCCCCACCGGGAGUGGUUUGUGAGUGCGAAAGACAAACGCAAACUUCAGGAGGCUUCGAGGCUGGAUGCUGAGGCAAAGGCUCUGAUCGGCAGUAGCAGCAGCAGUACACAGGUGACACAGGGCGAGAAACAGAAUACGAAGCAGCAAAAGCGGAAGCAACAGGAAGAUACAACAGAGUCUGGCAGUAGCGAAGCAUCUGUUAGUGGGUCAGAUGAUGAUGGAAGCGAGGACUCUGGCGAGGAACUCCCCGACUGGGUUACGGCUGAGGCCUCGGGUGUUGACUCAGACGGCGAACAUGAAGAGACUGAGGAGGCCUUCGUGGGAGCCCUAGAAGGGGAUUCUGGUGGUUUGGGUAAGGGUCUCGUUGCGGUUAAAGAGAUAAAGCUAACGAAAGAGCAAAGAGCUAAGUUGCAGCAGCAGCAGCAGCAGAAGAAAUUUGACAAGAAGCAGCAGGCAAUGACACAGAAGCAAAAGCAGCGUCUGGAGGAGUUUCGUAUGGCGAAGGCUGCGGCCCGGUCUUUCAAGAAGAGUGCGAAGCCGCACCGGAUGCGCAUGGAUAUGGACGACGAUGAUGAAGGGUUCAGGAGGGGCGCACAGAAGCGGCAACAUCGGCGAGCGAAGAGAAAGCGAGAAGCGCCAGCAGAAAGCAGCAACAAGCGAAGCAUGUCAGAAGUAAACGACUCGAAAAGACCGAGGCGACGGGCACCCUUGGGAAAGAACAACUUUAAGUCUAAGAAGAGAUACAAACGCAGGUAG